AUGUAAGAUAAUAGUACAUUUGGGAUAAUGUAAGAAACCAAUUGGAAUUCUAUAUGUUUUGCACUCAAAUGGCAAAUAGGAUAUUUCAUUUAUAUGUUUGCAGCAACAAAGUUAUUGCCAGGUAAAGAAUUUAAAGGUUUUCCUGACCCAAAAGGUAAAGUAUUGAUGUAUAAAAUAAAUGGAUUAAAUACAUACAUACUAACACUCAUAAUCAUGAUAUUUGGUAAAGUAUUUUUUAAUUUUACAUUAAUUCCAUUGAUAGAACACUUUUGGUCUUUUUUUAUAGCUUCAAAUAUUUUGGCUAUUGUAUUUUCUUUGAUUUUAUUCAUAAAAGGAAAAUUGAGUCCACAUUAUAAGCCUCAUAUUUAAUCAUGGACACCUUAAUUAUUGAAUGAUUGGUGGUUUGGAUCAGAAUAAAAUCCAAGAAUUUUAAAUGUAGAUUUAAAAAUGUAUUUUUAUGAACCAUCAUUAAUCGGAUUACAAAUAUUCUUAUUAUCAUUUGCUGAAUACUAAUAUAAUACUUAUUAGUUAUUAUCUAUAAACAUGAUUCUAUUUCAAUUAUUUUGGUUUAUGUGGCUAAUCACACAUUAUAUAAGAGAAGAUUUUAUGUUAUCGACUUGGGAUAUUAUAGCUGAAAACUUUGGAUUUAUGUUAGUUUGGGGAGAUAUUGUUUAUUUACCAUAUCUAUAUUGUAUUGGAGGUUGGUACUUGGGUGACUUUAUUUAGAAUAGCUCUUAUAUUUAUCUGAUUUUCAUCAUUCUUUUGCAUAUGACUUCAUUGUAUAUGUAUAGAGAUUCAAAUUGGCAAAAAGAUAGAUAUAGAAGAUAAGGAGAUAAAGCUAUAAUAUGGAAUAAAAAACCUUAGACUUUAUAGAAUAAAUUAUUAAUUAGUGGAUGGUGGGGUAUAGGGAGACAUUUAAAUUAUACAGGUGAGAUUUUAGUUUAUGUAUCUAUUGCUAUGUGUGGGGAAUUUAAAGCUUUUAAUAAUUAUAUAUUGCCUUUAAGUUUAUUUUGUCUAUUGACACAUAGGGCAACAAGAGAUGAUAAACGUUGCAGAGAGAAAUAUGGUAAAUUAUGGUAAGAAUAUUGUUAGAUUGCUAAAUUCAAGAUUAUUCCAUUCAUAUUUUGA